CGGCGUCAUUUCACAGACAUUUGCAAUUUGCAUUAAGUUUCAGAUGUUCUUCAAUCUCUCUCGGCUUUACUCAACACAAAACACAAAGCUUCUGUUUUUAUUCAGCCUCGUCGGAGAUUUAAGCGAAGCACGAUUCAAACCCUUUUCGUAUCUGUGUUAGGUUUAGUUUCUUCCUCAAUCUUUUCAUUGAAAGUUUCAAUUUUUCAGUUCUGAUUGCAUAGAAACCUCAAACCCUUUUGAAAUUAAUAGGAAUCAGAUUGAAAUCGAGGGUUUUGCUUUGUUGGAACUACAAAAACUGAUGGCUAAAUCACAAAUUGAACCUGGUGUUCCCAUUACUCUACAAGAGCUUUAUCCUUCUUCUCUGUUUUACAAAGAAGGUGUUUCACUUAGAGUUACAGCUAUGUUAAGAGGAUAUUCAGUUGAAACAGCUAUAGGUGUUAUUGAAGAUGGAGGCAGAAGUCUCAAAAUCAAUACUCAGAACAUAAGAGAUGUUAGUUUCAGGGUUGGCUCUAUUUAUCAGUUUAUUGGAGAGCUUCACAUUGAACAACCCAAUAAUGAGGCGAUCUUGCAGGCUCGAACAGGAAGAAAUGUGGACGGGAUCGAUAUGAACCUCUACCGGAAAACAAUCGAACUCCUAAGGCAGUUUCUAAAAGAAGAAGACAACAGCAAUAUGGUUGAGUGAGGCUAAUUAUCAGUUGCUAUCCAAGUAACAUAACCCACCCACAUUUUCAUAUUUUGUUCCUUUAUUACCUUGUCUUUCACUUGUAGAUGAAUCUUAGGAUGGUGGAUAUGUUUUGGUCUGCUUUUUCAUAUGAGCAAUUUUCUGAAACGAAUUUGUUUGAAAUUGGCUAACCUGAAGGAGUUCGGUUUGGUAAAUCGGUUAAACCGGUUGGCUUUCCACGGUAAAUAAGCUCAAGUAGUUCCGUUUUUUUUUAUUUAUAAAAUUGCAAAUACAUACUUGAAUAUAGAGAAAUCUUCUACUCUUUUCUCUUAAGUCAAGAAGACAUUGUUUCGUAUAUAUUUGUUGUAUAUUUAAUUCAUUAUUGUACCAUAUAUUUUUUGUACAAAUGUUAUAACAAUCGAAACUACCGAAUGAUUUCUUACCA